CCGCCGCCGCCGCCGCCGCCGAAUCCCCAACAAGGAGCGAAGCCCCCGACCGCCGCCGCUGCCGCAGUUCCCGCCGCCGUCGCCGCCGCCGCCGGGCGUCGGAGCAGGCCGGCGGGGCCCCAGGAUUGGGAACCUGGGAGAGUGACACUGUGGCCCCGUGUCCUCCUCCCAGAGCCAUGGCGACCCCAGACGUGAGUGUCCACAUGGAGGAGGUGGUGGUUGUGACAACCCCGGACACUGCAGCUGACGGCAGUGGAGUGGAGGAGGUGAAGACGGUGCUGGUGACCACAAACCUGGCCCCUCACGGGGGUGACCUGGCAGAAGACAAUGUGGACACGGAGAAUGCAGCUGCUGCAGCCGCCGCAGCCUUCACAGCCUCCUCACAGCUCAAGGAGGCCGUGUUAGUGAAGAUGGCUGAAGAGGGGGAGAGCUUGGAAGCCGAGAUUGUGUACCCCAUCACCUGUGGAGACAGCAGAGCCAACCUGAUUUGGAGGAAGUUCGUGUGCCCCGGCAUCAAUGUGAAAUGUGUUCAGUAUGACGAGCAUGUGAUCAGCCCCAAGGAAUUCGUGCACUUGGCGGGGAAGUCCACCCUGAAGGACUGGAAGAGAGCCAUCCGGAUGAACGGCAUCAUGCUCAGGAAGAUAAUGGACUCAGGGGAGCUGGACUUCUACCAGCAUGACAAGGUCUGCUCCAACACUUGCCGAAGCACCAAGAUUGACCUCUCGGGGGCUCGCGUGUCCCUGAGCAGCCCCACGGCCGCAGAGUACCUCCCACUCACACCUGCCACAGCAGAUGUGAAUGGCUCUCCUGCCACCAUCACCAUCGAGACCUGUGAGGACCCCAGCGACUGGACCACGGCCAUUGGAGAUGACACGUUUGCCUUCUGGAGAGGCCUGAAGGAUGCUGGCCUUCUGGACGAAGUCAUUCAAGAGUUCCAGCAGGAGCUGGAGGAAACCAUGAAAGGCCUGCAGCAGCGGGUGCAGGACCCUCCCCUGCAGCUCCGAGAUGCUGUCCUCCUCAACAACAUCGUACAGAACUUUGGCAUGCUGGACCUGGUGAAGAAGGUGCUGGCCAGCCACAAGUGCCAAAUGGACCGCUCUCGGGAGCAGUACGCCCGGGACCUGGCAGCCCUGGAGCAGCAGUGUGAUGAGCACCGGCGCCGUGCCCGGGAGCUGAAGCACAAGUCCCAGCACCUCAGCAACGUGCUCAUGACGCUCACACCCGUGCCCCUGCCACCCCCGGCCAAGCGGCCGCGGCUUGCACGCGCCACAUCUGGACCAGCUGCCGUGGCCUCACAGGUGCUCACUCAGUCUGCACAGAUUGCCCUUGGCCCGGGUGUGCCUGUGCCCCAGCUGGCUAGCGUGCCCCUUGGUAAAGUGGUGUCCACGCUGCCCUCGGCUGUCCUGGGCAAGGGCUCCCCUCAGGCUCCGCCAGCCAGCUCGCCAGCCUCGCCGCUGCUUGGGGGCUACACGGUCCUGGCCUCCUCAGGCUCCAGCUUCCCCAGCACAGUCGAGAUCCACCCGGACGCAUCCAGUCUCACAGUCCUGAGCACAGCAGCCAUGCAAGAUGGCAGCACUGUGCUGAAGGUGGUCAGUCCACUGCAACUGCUCACCCUACCCAGCCUGGGCCCUACCCUGCAGAAUGUGGCUCAGGCGUCACCUGCAGGCAGCACAAUUGUGACAGUGCCCACUGCCGCAGCCCCUGGACCUGAGGAGCACACAGCCACCAUCGAGGUGGCCGCUGUGGCCGAGGACCAUGAGCAGAAGUAGCCGGGAACCCAGGCCUCUUGCAGGGUGUGUCCUGGGAGGGCAAGGCCCCUCAGGGCGGAUGGAGCUGGCUGCCUCGUCUCAGGCCGCUGCAGGCAGAGGCCAUGGGGCUGGCUGUGCACAGGCAGGUCUAGUGGGCUGAACCAAGGGAGGCUUUGCUAGGCGAAUGGGAGGACCGAUGCCAGAUCUGGGAGGGGGUCUUCACGUCCAAACCCUCCCCUUUUCUCUUGGGAAGUAGACUUUCCACCUGUUGCUUGUUGACACUGUUUACACACUGGGCCUUGAGCGGGAGCCAGGGGCUCGAUGGCCAGGAGGCGGCCUGGGUACAGCUGGGUGCAGGCAGCAGAGCCGGGGCGGCAGGUGCCUGAGACCCUGAAGGUGCUGGUGGCGCCAGAGCCAGCCGAGUCACUGAGUCCUGGUGACAUUACUAACACAUGUCUUGGGAACAGUACCCAAGUGUGGAAACCCAUGGAUCCUAUGGAUUUGGUUUCUUCCCACAGUUUUCUGUAGGGUUAGUGUGGCCACACCCCGCUCCUCUGCCUGUGUGGGAAUGUGCACCCUGGGGGCCAAGGUGCAGGCCUGGGGCAGCACCUGCCCCCACCCCAGGUGCUCAGAUAGGGCACCCAGGCACACCAGGCAGGGUCAAGAGCCAUCGCUCAUGUGCUGCAGGUGUUUUUAAGUGUAUUGCUUAGUAGGCUUCCAGGAAGAAUCAAAUUUGUUGCAUUUUCAACCAAAACAAUGCUGAGUGCCUAGGCUUCCCGAGGCGGCUUUGGAAUGGGCCUGGAGCACUUGUGUAUGCACCUGGCCAGGUGCUGGAGAUCUUGGGCAGUGCCCUUCCCCAAGGUGAGGCUCUUUGGGGCAUUUGUGUGGGGGUGUUCCUUCAGACUUGUGGGGGCUGAGAUGACCCCUGCAUGCAGUCAGUUGUUGAGCCCCCCCAGGGCAUAGGGCAGGUCAGCUAGGGGACACAGGGCCUGAGAUAUUCCAUGAAGGGCUGUCUGUAGUCGGUUUGCAGGUCAGGUUUGGGAUCUCAGGAAGACCAGGCAGGGGCUAUCUUCCAGGCCAGAGCCCCUGGAGCCAGACAUUUUGGGAGGUGGGGUGAUCUGUGGGGCCAGCUGUCUGCAGACCUUCCUGGUGGUUGUCAAACAAGAGCCCCACUGUCAGAUAAGAGCCCCACAGGGGGACAAAGCUGCUGUCCCUUUUUGCUGCUUUGAAAGGAACUGGCUGUCCCUCUGUCUGUCCAUCCAUCCCUCCUAAGUGCCCAGACUCCACCUCCACACCCUUGUUGUGACCAGGGUCCCUUACCCAUGUCAAGCUACUGAGGUUCUGUUUCUUGUUUUCUUUCUGUUACAUCCUCAUUUGCUGUUAGGAAUCAGCUGGUUUCAGCGAGACGUUUACUUGUUUGUGUACAUACUCCUUUUUUAAAAUUCAUUUUUAUUCGCGUUUUGAGUCCUGUGACAUGGGGCAGCAUGACCUUGUGGGCAUCAGGAGGGUGGUGGGUGUGGGCAAGGCCCAGCAGCUCAGGCCAUGUGCAACAUGGCAUUGCUGGUCAGCCCCUGCCUCUCCAUCCAGAGGCCCUGGAAGAUCAAGUUAACCUUCAGAGCCAUACACAAGCCCCACACCAACUUCGGAAUUAAUUCCCAUCCCUCUUUCUCUUGGUGCCCCAAACUGCCCUCAGACAUCUUCUGCCAGCCCCUACCACAGGGGAACCCACCUUGCUGGCGAUGGAGGGCAUGCUCACCCCCACUGGCGGGCUCCAGCUGCCUCCUGCAGAGCCUGCUGGCUGCUGGGAGUUGCUGGGCUUCCCCUGCCCCUCUUGCUCCUCAGGGCUGGCCAGGGCGGGAAGGAAGAGCCGCUGGCCGCGUACAACUAGGUGUCUGGUGGCUGCCUUCAGUUUAGUUUUCUGAGGAAGUGGGACUGGAUCUGAUUUUUGCAGAGAGUGUCAGCUCAGUGAGUGCCGGAGGCACCUGGGGAAGGGCGCGGUUUGGGUUUCACUUUCUAUGUUUUGCAAGCAUCUGCUUGGUACUUUGACUUAAAAUAAAAACCUUUUU